AACCCCUUUAACUGUUUGUUUAACUAACCUCUUCCAACAGUGUCUGAUAUCGUGUUGAAAGGUCAUUUGAUGUGAAAACAUACGAUAUUUAUAGCUCGACAUGCAACAGGUUCGCGUCACCAGGGAAGCGCGACACGCGACACGCCAUUGCACGAUUUCUAUAUAGGCCACGGCCGCCUAGGAUGCGUCCUCAGUCGAAUCGCCGCGCUCUGCAAUGAAACCACCGUUGGGGAAGAUUGUGCAAAACAUAGCCCGGGAGUACUUUGCGUCGAGCACGUGCCAUGGCAUGGCUUACAUCGUGCACCCGAAGCUAUCCGUGGUGGAGCGUGUGUGCUGGUCGCUGGUGGUACUGCUUUCCCUGUGCGCCUGCAUCUCGGCCAUCGUCAUUGGGCACCAGAAGUGGAUCGAAAAGCCAAUGAUUGUGAGCUUCUCGGCGAAACCCAUCCCGGUGUGGAAGCUACCCUUCCCGGCCAUCACAAUCUGCCCCCAGUCGCGCAUCGAUGUGGAAAAGUUCAACAUUACGGAGGUGUAUCUGCGGGCCCGAGCGAACAAAACCCUCUCCCAAGACGAGUGGCGCAAAAUGCGUGCCCUGUCACACGUUUGCUCUUCGGUGAUGCGCUCAAAAACUGAUUAUUACGGCUCGAAUGGGACGGCCGGUGGGCAUAAGGAAGCGAAUUCAUCAACACCGAACAGUGAGCGUGUGGUAGAGCAGCUGGUCCGGAUGUCACAGUCGCUCGAUAAGCUGUUCCAGACCUGCAUGUGGAGCUUCAAUUUCCGCCCGUGUGAGGCACUGUGGACACGCAAGGUGACGGAAAAUGGAGUUUGCUACAGCUUUAACAUGCUGUCCAGUGAGGAGUUGUACACGGCGGACCAGGCAUUUCGGGAGCGGGAAGUUAAUCCGGAUGUUAGGAAGGGUGGAUUGCAUUCGCUGCAUGCGUCCAGGUUGCGCAGUUCCGGGUGGACGAUGGAGAAUGGGUACACGCUGAAGGAGGAUCUGUUGGCAUACCCGAGACGGACGGCUAGUGGAGGAUUUAAGGGUGGUGCGAUCGUAUUGUUGAAGAUGCAUCAGCAGAAUCGGGAGUACAUCUGUUCUGGUGCUCUCCAAGGCUACAAAGUUACCUUACAUCCACCGGAUGAGUUCCCACGGCUUAGCGAGUACCACAUCCGUAUUCCUCCAAUGCAGGCCGUAUCGCUCAUUGUCAAACCACGGCUGCUGACCACGCAAAGGAAUCUGCACCGAUUCCCUUACAGCAAAAGACAGUGCUAUUUCUCGGACGAACGUACGCUACGCUUCUUCCGCGUGUACAACGAGCAGAACUGUGAGUUUGAAUGUCUGACCAACUUUACGCUAGCAUCCUGCGGGUGCGUUACCUUUGCGAUGCCCCGCGACAACACGACCCGGGUGUGCGAGGCGCACGAAAAGCGUUGCUACAAACGAGCCGUCAUCCGGUUGAUGGAGCUGGACGAGCUUUCGGUGGAUGCGGGCGAAGAGAUGUGCGAUUGUUUGCCCGCCUGCACUACGAUCAAGUACGAUGUGGAGCUGUCGAACGAUUGGCUCAACCUGGAUGCAAUGCUGGAUGCUAUGAUUGGUGGGCAAAACGAAAUGAAAGGCAUGGAACCGAUGCUACUGUACGUGUACUUCAAGGACAACAAGUUCCUGUACAUCGAGCGCGUGGAGUACAUGAACUUUAACGGUGAGCUGGCAAAUUUUGGUGGCAUUCUCGCACUGCUGUCCGGCAUGAGCUUAACCAGCAUCGCGGAGAUACUGUACUAUAUCAUUGUGCGACCGUUCGCACUGUGGCUGAAGGUACAGUACAGCAGAGCGGUUCGGCCCGUAACUCCACCGGAGGUGCAGCACACGGGCGAUAACUCGCUGCAUUUCGUACGUCCUUGGAUCCCGUAGGCUGUGUGGCUGGUUUGGCGGGGUAAACAAACGGAGACAUUUGUUACGAUCGUUACGUGAGGUAGUAAGGAGAUGCGCGAUCGAUCGGAUAAUCGAUCCCCGAUCGGGUGCGUUUGUGGUAAUGAAUUUUAAUGCGCCACAGAAAUCAACGGCCACCGUUCAUUCUGUGCUCUCCUUGCAUGUCGUCUGUAUUGGGACGGUUUUGUUUUUGUUUCCCUCAUUGUCGUCGAGCUGUUCUCGCGCUAAUCUAUUCCAGCUAGCUUGAGCUGGCGGAUGACAUUGGUAGCGUAUGCUAAUCGGGGCCGCACGAUACGCUUGAUCCUGCUUUGACGGCUAACUGUUUCUGUCGAGUAAAAGUGGUUGCGUGAGAGGAAUGCUAAUGUUUGCAGAGUGUGCCUGCUGUGCCUGUGGAGAAAGGUUAUUUCGGUUGUGUUAGGUAAUAGAGCGCAGCAAGUCUUUGUGCUGAACUGCAGCUCGUAAUCGCCCCUAUUUGGCAGUGCAUGUAGGAAUUAAACACAUUUUCCCGCACAGGAUCACAGUGCAGUGUUUGUUUGAAGUAUUUACGCCAAAACUUACGUGCCUUAUUGCAGCAUUUCUUUGGCAAGGGUAACACAAACAGAAAUUGUUGAAAGAAAGGCGAACCGACGGGGAGGGCGUCUUGUGUAAUGUGUGAACACCUGCCACGGACUGCAGCCUCUGUUUUGACCCGUUUACGGCACUGUGUAUAAACAAUUUACGCGAACCCGGAAAAGCGUUCCCGGGCGUGUGUGUGUGUGUGUGUGUGUGUGUGUUUUGGAAUUGGAAAAUUAUGAAAACAACCCGCACGUGCUGCCCCGUGUUCGAUUUUUGGGGACUCUCGUGCCAGCUUGAUUCACGGUCAGUAAAGCACAAAGCAAGAGGCAAGUGGGCUGUCGCAGGUGUUGGUUAGUUUUCCGUUUGAUGGAAACAUUCCGCCCAGAUGGACGACGGCGAUGUACAGUGCGUGUGUGUGUGUGUGUUUUAGUUUCCUUUGUCCAUAAAUUAGCAUUCACCUUUGGGCGUCUUUGGCGUUGGCGCUGUAAUCCCGCUCGGAUGGGUAAUUUAUUUGUCCAUGGGCGCUCGGUUUAUGUGGGCUAUUAUUUGAUUUCGUCCAACAGAAAGGGCAUUCAAAUAAACAACGCGCCCGUCCGUCGAGGUGAGAUGACGCUGACGUGCGGUCCGGGGAAGCGAUUGCUAUAAGACGCUUCUUGCGGGCGAAUUAAUUGGAAUUCAGUUACGGGGAUACUGUAUACUAUUUUCCAAUCCAUUAACUCUAGCGCAUAAAAGCGGUUUGAUUAUUAUUAUUCGCACCUUUAAUGUGAACUAUUAAAAUGGAAAUAAACAACGGAAAAACAAAUGCGGAAAAUGAUGUUUGCUGGGACUA